GAUUGAUUGCUUUUUCCAUGCUCAUCUCAUCUUCUUCUAAUAGUCUCUGUCUCAUCGUUUCAUCUGCUACCCCACAAGUUAUGCAAGUCUUAAUCAGACUGUCCUCCAAAUUCUCUAGCUCACAAUUUUUUGCCUUGUUUAUAAUAUCUGUUAUAAAUUUGUCUACUGACUCACCUUCUUGUUUUCUGGUGAACAGGCAAUACCUUGCAUUUGACACGUUGCUUUUUGGCUUGAAAUGUGCUUCAAAUUUUUUUAUUAACAGUUCUAACUUGUCUUUUUCUUCUGUUGAGAACUUAAACGUGUUAUAUAUUUUGAACCCUUCGUCCCCUAUUAACUGUAAUAGCUGUGCACACUGGGUUAUUUCAGGUUUCUUUGUUAAUUCUGUAGCUUGUAAGUAGUUUUUGAAUCUUUGUAUGAAGAAUUUCCAAUUUUCAUACACGUUACCCAACAUCUGCAUGGAAUUUAUUGCUGCCUUGAAUUCCAUUAUGCUUCUUAUAUACGUUUUUCUUCGGUUUGGUUACGGUUUCGGCACCAUGUAAUUUUAUAAUGUAACACGUGGUAGGGUUCCUAGGUUAACUUUGGAGGAUAGGUUAUAAUGAAACAACUUGUAUCUAUCGUGUCUAGAUUCAGAAUGGUUUUAUUUCCGCUUCACUGUCCUUGUCACUGUCACGUCACUCUUACAAUAUUACCAACUUGAGUGCGUUCCGAAUACUACCUAUUUGCAUACAUCACACAUACCAGGGUGCGUUGAAUAUCAUCCUCAAUAUUUUUGAUUGGACUCUUUGUAUUAUCUUGAUAUUUGAUGGCUUUGAGCAACCCCAGAGUUGAACACCAUAGGUCCAGAUUGGUUUUAUUAUAGUUUUAUACAGGAGCAGUUUAUUUUCAAUAUUGAGUUUUGAUUUUCGACCAAUAAGCCAGCUCAUUUGUCGUAUUAUUAUGUUGAUCUGGGUUUUCUUGGCUUGAAUGUGCGGCUUCCAUCUUAAUCUUUUGUCAAGGGUUAGUCCCAAAUAUUUGACUCGUGUGCUGACUGGUAAUUGUGUAUCAGUUAGUGUUAUUGUUGGACAUACAUUUCUUCGGUUUGUAAAUGUAACUUCGUUUCAUUUACUUUCACCUUCCAUUUGUUGAGCCAUGUUCCCAAUUGGUCAAAGUGAUUUUGCAGUUGUGCAGACGCGAUAGAGGGGUCCUCAUUGACAGCGAUUAUGGUGGUGUCAUUAGCGAAUGUUGAGAUUUGGGUUGUUUCAGUGGUUGGGAUAUCUGCGGUAAAUAAUAGGUAAAGGAGUUUUGAGGACACUACCCUGUGGUACGCCUGAUUUAAUGCGAAAAUAUGUGGAAGUUGCUGUGUUAUAUUUUACUUGGAAGUAACGAUCUUCAAUGUAGGAUUUCAUGAUUAGGUAGUAGGGGGUUGGAAGAAUACUUUUGAGUUUGUAUAAAAGUCCAGUAUGCCGUACUCUAUCAAAUGCCUUUUGUACAUCUAAAAAUGCUGUGCACUAUUCUUUUUCCUCAAUAGCAGUAAGGAUUUUCGUUAUAAUUCUGAGUCUGUUGUGUUGUGGAGUGUCUCUCUUUAAAACCAAACUGGUGUGGGUAUUUCUACAUCUAGGUUAAUGUCAUUCUUCAGUCUAUCGAGUAGUAGUCUUUCGAAGAUCUUAGACAUUGUCGGCAACAAGCUGAUUGGUCGAUAGAAUGAUGUUUUAUUUGGAGGUUUACCCGGUUUGUGUUUCAUUAUUAUUUGCGCAAAUUUCCAUGUGAUUUUGAAAUAUGUCAGUCUGAGUGCACUAUUGUAUAUUAUUGGGACCGUGCAAGUUCGGCACAGCGACCUCUAUUUCUACGCUCUGUACUUUUAUUCGCACUUUUAAUUAUAUUGGCCAAUUAUAUUAGUCCUGGUUGCUGGAUAAUUGUCAAGGCCAUAGUCCAAAAAAAUAAUAAGAAGAAAAAAUAAGAUGAAGGUUAUGUUGUGCAAACGUAAACAAUUGUAUGUAGUAAAUAAAAUUAGUUAUUAAAAUGCAGUACUGCAAGCAAAAUACAAUUAAUUAAAUUUACCUUUAUAUAAUAAUUGCAUAUCAUAUCAAUAUUGUGGAGCAAUAUAUAAUUUUUCUGCUUCAAUGACAGAAGGUAUGAAAUAUACGUCAAUUUGACAAUUUCAAUUGACAAUAUGAAUUAUUUAAGAUAGUUGCAAUAUUUCUACGCGACUCGCGCACGGUCGGUUCUCGUUUCCCUUCCAAGUACUUGCACACCGCGAAUAGUUAGCAUGACCAAUGCUCUUCUCGGAAGAUGUUUCAGUAUUAAUCCUGUUAUUAGGUCAAAUCCAGGUGCUUUGUGGUUAUUGCUUUUUUCUAUUUCUUGUUUAACUUUAUUAACUGUUAUUAGGAGCGUCAUAGGGCAAGCACUAUCCAGGAAGUCUCUUAUUAAGUUUCCAUCAUCAUUAUUCUCUACUUAGUGUUCUUUAAAAAUACCAGCUAAGUAUUCUGCAAAUGUUGAAGCUGUUUCCUGGUCUGAUCUUUUCCAAGUUCCAUCAUCUUUCUUAAUCGGCGAGUUGUGUUCUGUAGGUCUCUUUAAGUGUUUUGUUGCCUUCCAUAUUGAGUGAUCUUCUUUAGACAAGGUACUAAUGAAGUGUUCAAAUGUGGCAUUGCGUGCUUCAUUUAGAGCUGUUUUUAAUUGUCUGGUUAGUCGAUUAUAUUCGUGUUUGUCAUUAAUGUUGCGGCUUCUUUGCCAUCAACUAUUAGUUGUCGUAAUAUAUUCGGAGUGGUAUUUGUGUUUUCUUGCUUUGGAUUUGAUGGUGUAGCUCGAUAUGCAGCUUGCUGAAUUUGACAGGUGAAGUGGUUUAUAGCUUUAUCUAUGUCAUCUUUUUCUUUUAGUCUGAUUAUAAGAUUUAUAUUCGUGUCAAGCUGGUACUUGAAUUCACACCAAUUAGUUGUAGGGGAAGUCAACUUGGGUAUUUCAGGUCGUUUGAUUAUGUGGGUGCUGAUUGUUGCUAUGAUUGGUGUUUGGUCAGACGAGAGAUUCCAAUUUGCUUCUAUGUUUGUGUAGUUUUCUGCAAUUCCUUUUAGGAUGAAGAAGUCGAGUAGAUCUGCUAGCCUAUUUGUGUCGGACGGCCAGUACGUUGGUUGUCCCGUCGAUAAGUAGGUGCAGUUUGUGUUGUUGAUGGCAUCUAGUAGGCUUCUGCCUUUUGAUGUAAUGAGUCGUGAACCCCAAUUCGUAUACUUAGCAUUCCAAUCACCUCCAACAAUGAAUUUGUUACCUAGCUUGUUGAAUAGUUCUUCGUAUUCUUCAGUUGUGAUUCUAUGUCUAGUUUUAUGUCUAGGAGGGCUAUAUAUUGCAGCAAUUUCGAAGUUCCAAGGCCUGGCAUGAAGUAUUGUUGCUUGUAGCUUAUCUGUUUUAUGUUCCGGCAUUUGAAGAUGUUGUAUAUUGUUCCUUAUAAUUAUUGCAGAUCCUCCAUGGGCUGUUCCAUCUGGGUGACUAGUGUGGUAGACUGAGUAUCGAGGUAUUUUAAUCGCGCUUCUUUCUGUGAAAUGCGUUUCGGAUACAAAGAGGAUGUCUAUUUUGUUGUCCUCUAGGAAUUGGAUUACUUCUGCUUUAUGGUUUGCUAAACCAUUUGCGUUACACUUGGCUAUUAGUGGUAAGGAUCAUGCUGUUUUGAUUCAUUAGUUGGGUGAACAUUGCUUUAAAUUCGUUUAAGAAUAAGUUCAUCUGAGACCCUAUGUCAGCUACUUGAUUUCCUGCUCUUACUGCUUGGGCAUAGGAUUGAGUUCCAUUCUGUAGUCGGUACUGUGAUUGUUGACUCUGAUACUGUGAAGUUGGUGCUGGGUUAACAUUUUGAUGUUGGUUCUGAUUAUUAUGGGUUGACUGAUUUCCGCGUCGUCGAUUAUUUCUUACAUUUUGCAACAUUUUACAAGUCCUUGUAAAUUACGCAGCCUUUAUAGUUUGCAGUGUGUUCUCCGUUACACAGGGCACAUUUUGCUGGUGUAUUUCUGGGGUUUGUACAUUCUGGCGUUUUGUACAUUCUGGCGUUGGAUGACUUCCUCCACAUUUCACGCAUGCGUAAGGUCUUGUACAAUACGCUUUUGUGUGUCCAUAACGUUGACAGCGCUGACACUGUGUGAUAUUUUUCUUUCUGUGAGGAGGUUCAAAGCUGACUUUCAUAUUGCCGAUAUAAUCCAGUGUAUAAAUGUGUUUGUUGUUUUCUUUCGGAUCUAGGUCCACAUAGAACAUUGACAGUGGUGACUUAUUGACUCUGUGUAAGACGUUAAUGAUAUUACGGACAGUAUGCCCCGAUUUAGCUAGUUCACUUUUUAUUUCUUCAACUGGCAUCGUGUGGUGUAAAUUUCUUAUAACUACCCUAUAAGCUCUAUCUUGUUUUGCUUGGUAUGUGUGGUGAACUAUUUUGCUGCUAUUUAAAUGCUGUAUAAGUUUUCUAUAUAACUCAAUAGUUUUGGUGUUUAUUUUUAUUGUGUCAUUAGGGAGAGCUUUCGACUGGUAGUCUUCUGAUUUAAUGACUGUUGAUAGGUUUUCAGUAAUUUUUUUGAUAUCAUUUACCCCAUAGAUAAAUAUAGGUGGAGGUUUAUUAGGUGUUACUGGUGUGUUAUUACUAUCGGUUAAGUUUUCUAAUGGUUCAAAUCUGUUGUUUGUACUCACUUGCAUUGUUGUGUUAUCAUCUUUGGUGUUUGCUUUCCCUUUUUUUGUAAUUUUUGUGACUGUUUGCCAAUUGUGAACGUUUUCUAUGGUUUCGUCGCUUGAUUUGUUUCGUCGCCAUGACAACUUCCUCUUCACUGAUAAUGUAUUGGGAAGCAUUUGAUGUAUUUGGUUGAUCCAUUGGAGGGGCAGGGAGGUUUAGGUUAUAUUGGUGAUUAUUGUUUGGGAAUAGAGUAGGCGGGAUAUAUUGGUUUGUUAUCUGUUGGCUGCUCGGGAAUCCAUAGAAUGGGGGCUAUAUUACUGGAGGUUAUUGAGGCUGUGUAUAUAUUUGGGGCACAUUAUACAACCCCCCAUUUGGCACUUGAUUUUGGUGGUUCAUUUCCUUAAUAUAGUACACCACUGAGUUCAAAAUUAAUCACAUAGUCAUUUAGAAUUAAUCACUUAAAUCACUUAAUCACUUAAAUCGUUCCUAGUCCCGGCCGAUAGCCGAGACCGGCACAAAAACUUGGAACUUGGAUCUACGUCUCUUUCGCAAUGACUUAUUAUUAUUCCGUGAAUAAUGUGAAGAAUAAUUUUCAAUGUGUGGCUUAUCAAACUAAUUAAUGUGUAUUCAUCGUAUCUUUUUACCCGCUGUUUCUUCAUAAGUUACUAUAACUUCGGCCAUUCCGCAGCUAUUUCACCAGUGAUAUAUAUCGUUGCCGCCUACGAAAAGUAUAACUACAAAAAAUGCCGUUAAGAGUAGAACUUUCAACGAACGCCGCAAAAAAAUUUAUUUUCGAUUAUAUGAGAUUGUGAAGAUUAUAACACACUGCAAACACUACUUGAUAGUGUCGUUGAGAGUUGUAGCGAGCCAGGUCUGGAUCUGAACAUACGGAAAGCCAAAAUACUCGUAACAAGUAAACAGCAGCAUAUAAAACCGUCUAUACAGGGUGUCCCGAAAAGAUUGGUCAUAAAUUAUACCACAGAUUCUGGGGUCAAAAAUAUGUUGAUUGAACCUCACUUACCUAUAUACAAUAGUGCACACAAAAAAAGUUACAGCCAUUUGAAGUUACAAAAUGAAAAUCGAUUUUUUUUUCAUAUAUCGAAAACUCUCAGAGAUUUUUUAUUGAAAAUGGACAUGUGGCAUUUUUACGGCAGCAACAUCUUAAAAAAAAAUUAAGUAAAAUUCGUGCACCCCAUACAAAUUUUAUGGGGGUUUUGUUCCCUUAAACCCCCCCAAACUUUUGUGUACGUUCCAAUUAAAUUAUUAUUGUGGCACCAUUAGUUAAACACAUUUUUUAAAAACUUUUUUGCCUCUUAUUACUUUUUCGAUAAGCCAGUGUUUAUCGAGAUAUUUUGAAUAUUUGUCGAAUCCACCACAUAUUUGUAUAUGGUUAAGUACGGUUAUAGAGACCUGUUAAUAAUCUGAAAAUUUAUUUAUAAUUUACAUUUUUAGGUAUAUUUUGAAAAAGAAGCUACUUCUCGAUAAAAGGUGACUUAUGAACAAAAGAUUAAGAGGCAAAAGUUUUAAAAACACUAUGUUUAACUAAUGGUACCACAAUAAUAGUUUAAUUGGACCGUACACAAACAUUUGGGGGGUUUAAAGGAACAAAACCCCCAUAAAAUUUUUACGUAAAUAUAUUGAAAAAGAAGCCGCAUCUCAAUAAAAACUGGCUUAUCGAAAAAAUACUAAGAGGCAAAAAAGGUUUAAAAACGUUGUGUUUAACUAAUGGUACCACAAUAAUGAAUUAAUUGGAACGUACACAAAAGUUUGGGGGGGUUUAAGGGAACAAAAUCCCCAUAAAUUUUUUAUGGGGUGGACAAAUUUCACUAUAAUUUUGUUUUAAGAUGUUCCUGCCAUAAGAAUCAUACAUGUCCAUUUUCAAUAAAAAAUCUAAUAGUUUUCGACAUAUUGAAAAAAAUCGAUUUUCAUUUUGUAACUUCAAAGGGCUGUAACUUUUUUUGUGAGCACAUUUGUACUAAGGUAAGUUAGGUUCAAUCGAACUAUUUUUGACCCCAGAAUGUGUGGUAUAAUUUAUGACCAAUCUUUUAGGGACACCCUGUAUAUGUAAAUAAUACCAAACUUGAGCAAGUUGAUAAAAUCGUGUACCUUGGACAGCAACUAAAUUGUAACGCAGAAAGUCACUGCGAAAUUAGAUCUAGGAUAGAGCAGGCUAGAGCCGCUUUUAGAAGGAUGUCCAAGGUCUUAUGUAACAGAGACCUAAAAUCGGCAUUGAGAAUCCGCCUACUUCGCUGCUAUGUGUUCUCGGUCUUACUUUAUGGUGUCGAGUCCUGGACUGUAAAUAAAAUCGAUCUAAAUCGCCUUGAGGCUUUCGAAAUGUGGUGCUAUAGAAGCAUUUUAAAAGUUUCCUGGGUGGAGAAGAUUCGAAACUCCACAAUACUAGAACGUCUCAGCGAGACUACUGAGAUCAUAAAAAGCAUCAAGCAGAGAAAGCUGGAGUACUUCGGACAUGUAAUGAGAGGUCCCAAAUAUAGGUUGCUACAAAAUAUUAUGCAAGGAAAAAUAGCAGGCAAACGCAGUCCAGGACGAAGAAGAACCUCAUGGUUGAAGAACUUGCGAGAUUGGUAUGGGGUUGAUACAAGCAUGCUAUUCAGGGUGGCAGUGAAUAAAAUUAAGAUAGCUAUGAUGGUAACCAACGUUCUGAAAGGACAUGGUACAUGAAGAAGAAGAAGAAGAAGAAGAAGAAGAUUAUAAUCCCUAAUAAAGUGUUAGCGAAAAAAUUUAUUUUUUGAUGAGUAUCAGCAAAAAACAUCAUUUCUGUUUGUGGGUCCACGAAAAUUAUAAUUAGUAAAAAGUUCUCAGACAUAAUUGUUUUCGUCGACAAAAACAGAAAGGGAAAUAAUUGUUUUCGUCGGCAUCUAUUAUGAACUAAAUCCUUUCAUUGUAAAUGUUUUGGGAGUUAUAAUCUUCGCGGACGCGCAUAUAAAAAAUAUGUUACCGGUAAAGUUAAACAGGUAAUCCUAGGAUUACCCGGGUAAAGUAUGAAGUAUCUGCUAGGUUUUGGUAAAAUAAAUGCAAAUGCAAAGCUGCUGAAAAUAUUUGUAACUCCAAAUGCCACAGCAGCUUGUCUUGUUUUAACAAAUAAAUUAUAAAUUUCAUUUCUGCAGUAUUUAUAGUUUUACUUUCCUUACUUUUGUAAAAUGCGUUAUUUUCUUAAAUUAAGAUAUCUUUCAAAAAGUUACAGUCUUGCCAUUACUAGGAUAACGAAUUAAGCAUUUAACCACAAGCCCGCAAGUAGAAUGUGUUUUACCCGAGUAAAGCCCGAAAUUUGAAUUAUUUAAAUUGCUGGGACACUAGAAUCUAAUAUAUACACUAGAUAUGAUACGUUGUUGUGGGAAACCAUAUAUAGUUUAGUUUCACGAUUAGUAUAUUGUUUUAAGAAGUUGUCAAAUAAAUUAAUAAGAAAAGUCACACUUUCACGUUUCUCUCUCGGCAUAAAAUAUAAAUAAAACACACAAGAAAUUACAUUAUUGGCAUCCCUGGUUAAUUGAAAAACAUGCAGAACCUAAAGCUAGAGAGGGAAACAAUAAAAGGAUCCCUGAAAAAAGUUUUUAGAGAUAUUGAAGAGGUGAAUCCCAGUGACGAGAAAAGACUCCUGCAACAAGUUGAUGAUAAAGCAGAGCGAGUAUUUCUUCUAGACAACAGCAUAAAAGACAUUCUAUUUGCAGAAGAAACCAGCACGGAAACUAUUAGCAAGGAAUUAAAUGAUGAAGAGAACUUUCGUGACGAGGUAGGAAAAUUUAGAAUAGAAUGUGAAUACUUGAUCAAAAAUUUAAAAACUUUGAAAGAUCAAGAAAAUAAAGGUACAAAAAAUGAAAAACCUGUCAAAAAUUUACAUCUGCCAAAACUUGAAAUAAAGAAAUAUGAUGGAAAUGUCAAAAAUUGGAUAAAUUUUUGGGGCCAGUUUAGAAAAAUCGAUGAAGACGCAGACCUUCCAAACGAAGACAAGUUCCAAUACCUGAUCCAAUCAACAGAAGAUGGCACGCCAGCCAGAAGCCUUGUCGAAAGCUUCCCACCUUCCGCUGAAAAUUAUAAAAUAGCCAUUGACCAACUGAAAAAUAGAUUCGCAAGGGACGAAAUUUUAAUUGAGGUAUACGUUAGGGAGUUAUUAAAUUUAAUUCUAAAUCAACAAACCUCAAAGGAGGACCCAGGUAUGGCUUUAUCUACUUUGUAUGAUAGGUUGGAGACUCAGCUUAGGGCUUUGGGAACACUAGGUGUUACUAGCGACAAGUAUGCAGCGAUGCUUUUGCCACUUGUUGAAUCCGCGCUACCUUAUGAGUUGCUUAAAAUUUGGGAAAGAAAUAGGGCUUCUAAUAAUUUAAAAUUUAAUAAUGAGUUGCAGGGUCUACUAGAGUUCCUGAAAACAGAAGUGGAGGCCGAAGAGCGUGUAAAACUUGCUCAGUCUAGUUUCACAAUUCCAAAAAGUAUUGACGAUAAGUAUACUGUAGAAACCUUACAUACAGAGAGUUUAAAAACCAAGGGUUACGAGCAGACGCAGUGCCAUUACAAUGUCUGGAUACAUUUACAUGGAUUUUUGCUUAUUAAGGAGAGCUUACAAACAUCUCAUGAUUAUAACGAUCUCACGAGUUUGAUUUUCAGCUUGUCACAAAAGUUGUUCUGUCGAAGAUGCAAUUUUAAGCUUGCCCUUUUUUAUCGGAUCGACACUGAUGAAUAUACAAUAAAAAGACAAGAUUACAGAAUUAAAAAACAGAAAUAGUCUCUUGUGUUUCGAAAAAAAAAAGAAGCAUUGGCGAAUAGUAUUCAAAAUCUUGAUCUAUUCUAUAAAUGUAGUAAUGUACCCCCUAAAGUAUUGUUAAUAUUAAAUAUUGUGUAUGUUG